AUCAGUUUCUGACAUCUGACCGUUCUAAACCAUGCAGAAACCCAACUGCUCCAGCAACUGCCGGCUCACCCACGACUUUCCGGUAUGCAUAGCUAACAGUGCUGUGCUGGGCCUGUGCUUCGUUCUGGGGGUUCCUGGUAACAUAGCAGUGCUGGUGAUGCUCGUCCGACGUCUGAAGGAGAAGAACUUCACCCACAGUCUGAUGCUGAGUCUGGCAGUGUCUGAUCUGCUGACUCUUCUUCCACUGCCGGUGUGGAUCUGGGCUUUUCUAAACAGCUGGAUCUUCGGCUCUAUUGUUUGCAAGAUCAUCUCCUACGUUCAGUAUUGGGGGAUCUUCUGUAGUGUGUUCUGCGUUACUCUGAUGAGCAUCCAGAGAUACAUGCAGGUGCUUCAUCCCCAGGCUUGGGCUAAACUUGGAGAUAAAGGACAGAUGUGUCUUCUGGCUGUGAUCUGGAUCCUGAGUGGACUGUUGGCUUCAUAUUCUCUCAUCCAGCGCGACAUUGGAUGUGACCAGCAUGGAUUCCAGUUCUGUUUUCAGAAAUUCAGCACAGAUACAGAAAAAGUGAUCACUUUAUCCUUGGAAAUCCUGCUGUUUUUCAUCUGUUUCUUCAUGCUGGUCGUCUUCUACUAUCGUCUCCACCGAGGAGUUAAAGAGUCGCAGUUCUUCAUCAGCAGCAGCCGAAUGACCAAACUGGUGACGAGAAUCAUUGCAGUGUUUUUUAUUUUGUACAUUUUGCUUCCGUUUGCCAACUUCUUGAUUAUUAUUGCAGUCUUGCUUGAAAAUCACAAUCUCUCCUCAAUCGCAGACUAUUGUGCCAAAGUAUCUAAAGCUCUGACACUGGUGAACAGCUGUGUGAACCCUUUUUUGUAUGCAUUCUCUCUGCAAGAGCUGCGAUGUCCGUUUACUGCGACGAAAGAAAGGUGAACGGAUCAGAUUUCACAAAAUAGUUGGUAAAGGCUGCGUCUGAUGGAUAGUUGGCUGAUGGUUUGGCUUGAUUUGUUAAGAAUUUAUGCUGUGUUAAGUAGGGGGCACACCCUUAACUGAGAUAUUAAAAAUACAAAAAUUGUAUCAGAUUCAUCAGGUUUGUAACAGAAGUCAAUGAUCCAGAAUGUCAUGAUACUAAUAAUGUACUCUAAAUAUCUCCAUAUAUCCAAGAUUAAAGUAAAAUAAAUGAUACUGGACAGAUAUAAUCUGUAUCUAGUAGAUAUAUAAUGGAAAAUGAGAACAGUGUGAAUUUUUCUUUUGCUAAAAACAGCAAAAAAGUAAAACCCUGAUGUGAGAAUUAGGGGUGGGUGAUAUGGCACGAUACUUCACGGUAUAAUAUCGUUCACGAUAUUCCAAAACGUUGGCGAUAUUAUUGUGUAUGAUAUGAUAAGGAAUACCCCUAAUGUUAAGUUAGACUUUUGCAUGUGUAAUACACUUAAUUGCUCUUUUUUCAGAUGAUAAAAUCUGAAAGUGAUUGACCGAAUCAAAUGAAACUUUAUAUGUGAAUAUGUGAUAUUAAAUGUAACAAUUAUACACUUACAAAUGAUGAGUUUCAAUGAAUUUACUAAAUUACUAACAAAAAACGAAAUACUAAAAACCUCUGGAAUAUAAUCAAGAGGAUGAUGGAUGAUCACAAGCUUAAAUUUGUGCACCAGGAGUAAAGCAGCAUAAAGUUAUCCAAAAUCAGCGUGUAAGACUGAUGGAGGAGAACAUGAUGCCAAGAUGAAUGGAAACCGUAAUUUAAAAAAACAGGGUUUUUCCAUCAAGUAUUGAUUUCUGAACUCUUAAAACUUGUUUUCUUUGCAAUAUUUGUUAUACUUUUUUUUGUUAUUUUACCCACUUCUCAAUUUCUGCAAAUACAUGCUCUAAAUGACUAUUUUAUUAUUAAAUUAAUAUUUUAAUUUAGAAUUUGGGAGAAAUGUUGUCUGUAGUUUAUAGAAUAAAACAACAAUGUUCAUUUUUACUUAAAUAUUUACCUAUAAAUAGUAAAAUCUGAGAAACUGAUUCAAAAACUGAAGUGGCCUCUAUUUUUUUCCAAAGCUGAAUGUAAGUGAAUACUAUAUAUACUAUAUAUAAUAUAUACUGUAUACGCUCCAUUGUACUACAAAAUAAGUUAAGCAAGGGGUACCGAGUGGUCCAGCGGUCACUAUGAGCGGGAGGUCGCAGGUUCAAACCGCUCUCAUGCAGUUUUGCCAUCAAGCUGCCGGCGCUCAGAGGGAGCAAAAUUGGCCCUGCUCCCUCCGGGUGGGUAGAUGGCACUCUCUCCCCACAUCACUCCUAGGGUGAUGUCUGCAGCAUAGGACGUCUGUGAGCUGAUGUAUCAUAACUGAGUCGCUGUGCUUUCCUCCGGCAAUGCCGCAUCAGCAGCAGCUCGAAAAGAAGCGGUGGCUGACUUCACAUGUAUCGGAGGAGGCAUGUGUUAGUCUUCACCCUCCUGGUGUGUUGGGGCAUCACUAAUGAUAGGGG